GCAGAGCAGCAGGGAAUCAGAAGACUCUAUUCUGUAUCUACAAAGACUACUAGGACCUGGGGACAGGAGGCUGCACAUAACUCAAGGUUUUGUGGAUGAUUACAUCAUUUUGUUUCAAUUAGAUAUUAAUUCUAUCAAUGAGAAAGUUCAACCAGUAACCAUGAAAAACUCUGCAAGAAAAUAUGUUUCUGUAAAGAUGAUCUUGGAGCUUUGUGCUUCUGUGGUUAUAUUUAUCGGAAUUACUUUAUAUACAAGCACAGAUUAUUACACGUACAGUACGUCAUAUGAGCAUAUCCGAGCUGCAUGCACGCCAGGAAACGUCGCUACCAAAGCAGCUGCCGUAAUCCCCAAUUACUCAAGAAAUCACAGCUUCUUCCUGCAGCUCAGUGACUAUUUCUGGACACAGACUUCAUCUUUGUAUGCUUUGCCAUAUGGCACCAAAGGAAGUGAGGAGCUGAUAAUGCAGGCACUAGCUCGCACCAAUCAUUAUCACAUACCCCAGGAGAUUGACAGGCUGCAGUGUCGUCGCUGUGUUGUGGUGGGGAAUGGAUACCGCAUGAAAAACAGCUCCUUGGGGGAGAUCAUUGAUAAAUAUGACGUGGUCAUCCGGUUGAACAAUGCCCCAGUUCAUAAUUAUGAGAAAGAUGUGGGCAGUAAGACCACACUACGCUUGUUUUACCCAGAAUCUGCACACUUCAACUUGCAAUUGGAAAAUAAUCCAGAGACUCUAAUGGUGCUGGUGCCGUUCAAGGGUCCAGAUCUGCAAUGGCUGAAAGCGAUCCUGAAUGAUGAGAAGAGGAUUAAAACGGGUUUCUGGAGAAGACCACCAUUAAUCUGGAAAGUCAAGCCUGAGAACAUCCGAGUCCUGAACCCGUACUUCAUGAACGUUGCCGCUACAAAACUCUUUACACACAGUGAUAAAACCAAGAAGAUUUCUUUAAAACCUACCACUGGCCUGAUGUCCAUCUCUUUUGCCAUUCACUUUUGUGACCUGGUUCACAUCGCAGGAUUUGGAUAUCCAGCACCAAGUAAUAAAACACAUCCCAUACACUACUACGAUAAAUCAACCCUAAAGCACAUGGCAGCAUCAGGACAUAAGGUUCCCAUUGAAGCUGUUGUAAUAAAAAAUCUUCUUCAACACAACAUCAUUCAGAGUCUGACUUACUUUUGA